CAAUGGCAGAAGGAAAUCGAUCCAUUUAUUUCACAGAAUUCAAAAUUUGCUUAGAGAAAUCAAAUUAAUCAAAAUGAGUAUUUACUCAUUCAUAAUAUUGCAAUCUUAGGACGUGUGCAAUAGUCAUAUAAAGAUAGAAAGCAAAAUUUAUUUUCUCUCUUUACUGUGUUCACGGACACAGAAAGCUAUCAAUAGAAAGCGAAAAAAUGAAAACAAAACUUUUAAGUUAAGGACGUGAAGUUAUUCUUAUUUAUUCAUUUAAGUAUGUAAUAUAAUCUAUCAAUAUUAAAAAGCACUAUGGAAGGAUCAUUAGAAGAAAAAUUAUUUUAUUCAGUGCUUCAAGAAGAUCAGGAUACUGUGUUACAGUUAGUAUCUCAAGGUGCAAAUCCAAAUAAGAUAGCUUGUCAUGGUAAAACAAGUUUGGGAGUGGCUGUCAAAACUGGCAAUAAGAACUUAGUCAAAAUAUUACUAGAUGCUUGUGCUUCUAGCAGUACAGCAAAGAAACCCUCACCACAGAGUAGUACCAAGAAGAGGUACUCAAAAUCACAUAAAAGGAAAUUGAAUAGCAGUGAAUGUGAUGAGACUGUAGUUAAAUGUAAAAACAUAAGUGACAGAACAUUUAAAGAGUGUCAGAUAGAUGAAAGUGAUUCAUUGAUAGGUCAGACUCCUGAAAAGAAUCAGGGAUAUUUUGUAUUUAUACAUAGCGAUGGCUCUAGCAGUGAUGAAGGCAAGAUUGGUGGCAGCAAGUCACCAACUAGUCCUUCCUCAUUAGCUUCAACACCUCAAGCUGAUUUAGAGUGGGAUGAGGAAAUUGUUAGUGUAGCCCCCAGUACAAAAGAAGAUGAAAAAUGGACUACAAUGUAUAAAUGGUAUGCAGCAAUUUUAGAAUGCACUGGUGCUGCAAUUGCUGCUGCAUCAGGUGUUUCCAAUGGCAUUGACCAACAAGAUGCUUUCAUGAGAACAGCAUUACAUUAUGCAGUGGAAAAAGGAAAUUCUGGAAUUGUUAGAUUAAUUUUAGAUGCAGGUUGUAAAGUAGACGUUACAGCAGGCGACGGAUUAACAUCUCUGCAUAUAGCUGUUAUGAGAAAUCACGUUGAGAUUGUAAAACAGCUGUUGGCAGCUGGCAGCCAUGUCAACUACAAAACACAUGAAAAAAAUACAGCCUUACAUUUUGCAGCAUCUAGGGGUUUCUUAGAAAUGGUAAUAAUUCUAGUCAAUAAUGGAGCUUGCCUAGAGGCAAGAGACACAGGUGAACGCACUGCGUUAUACUUAGCAGCAGGCAGAGGUCAUCUGGAUGUUGUUUUGUAUCUGGUAUCGGUCGGAGCAAAUGUCAACGGUGAAGAAAUUCAUGGUUACACACCUCUAUGCGAGGCGGUUUGGCAGCGAAGCACUGACGUGGUCGAGAUACUUCUGGCAUCAGGAGCUCGGGUGACACACUCUCACAAAUUGCUGCAUAAUGCCAUUAUACAGCGCCAGGAAGAAAUAGUAACAAUGCUUGCAAAUCUAGGCGGUGGUAUUAAUUUACACAAUGAUAACGGUGAUACGCCAUUGCUGCUGACUGUAAGACUGUGUCAGCCCGCAGUAGCUCGGAUACUUUUGGAAAAAGGAGCCAAUGUAAAUUUAUGCAACAGUAUAACAGGUGCCAGCGCACUGCACAUUGCCGUCGAGAGUUUAGACUACCCUGAAGACUUUCAGGAGUUGCUUGCCUGCUUGAUCGAAUAUAAGAUUGACUUGAACGCUACGGCCCUGACUGGUGACACAGCACUUAAUAGAGCUCUUUUGCUUCAUAAAGAUUUUGCAGCUGUAUUGUUAAUACGUCAUGGAUGUGAUGUUAAUGCCUGCGAUUUACAUUCUUGCGGCUUAGACAAUCUAUCAAUAGCAAGUAGAAGAAGGUCAAUAAGCCUUGCGAGUAUGCUUCUGAAGGCUGGACAUUAUUUUCCGAUACCCGACCCAAAUAACUCAAUACCCAAAGAAGGCACAACAAAAAACUGGCUGUACCACAUUUGUAAACACCCUCCAAGUCUAUUUGAUAUAUGCAGGAUAACUAUAAGGCGUUUCUGUAAGAAACGGCCCCUGUUUUCUUACGUUCAUUCUUUACCAUUACCAAAGAGUUUAAAAGGUUUGCUGAUGUUGGAAGACGAAGGGAAUUUAGAUAAUAUAAUCAUAACGACUAGUUAGUUAAAGUCGAUUGGAUUUAUUGUAUCCGUUUAAAUAAAAUAAGUAAUGAAUACUCAAGAGUUUCAUAUUGAUACAAGUUGAGUAUUUAAGACAUAAGAAUCGGGUGCAGGAAGCCUAUACCAUCCAACGUGCGGCAAACCCCGCUUCCCAAAACGUCGCUCUGUUUUGAACGUUUGGUAAUAUUAUAUCGAUAAUUUUCUUGAAUUUUAAUAACAAACCAAAAAGUUAACUCCCCAUGUUAUAAAUAUUUAU